AUGGGUCUCAUGUGGCUUCACCCAGAGGCUUCUGUUGUUUCAAAGAGGUCCGGCUAUGAUCUUCUCUCCACCACUGAGACUAGCCUUUCCAGAGACCUCGCAGACGGAGGGUACGGGAAUGGGUAUGGGGCGCUGCGGUCGGCGCGGUCAGCGCGGUCGGCGCGGUCGGCGCGGUCGGCGCGGUCGGUGCGGGCGGUGCGGUCGGUGCGGUGCGUCGUGCGGGCGGUGCGGGCGGUGCGGUCGGUGCGGGCGGCUGUUGACUGCCUGCAGAUGAGCCUGGAGUUUCCUCCCCGCUCUGAUCACAGCCAGAGUGGAAGCCUACAUUCCAAGGACUCCAUAUCCAAGCUUGACGUGGCGCCACCUUCCUGCCCUAUGGCAUACCCCGUGACAGUUGCAAAUGUCGAAGACGACAUGCAAGAUCCGGACUGGCGUCCGAAGAGAUCGCAUGGCGCGCUCGCUUCUGUCACCCCAAGGGAGCAAGCGUUGCAAAGUUCUCGGAUGGAGCGCUGGCCCCCAGUUGGAAGUCAGACAGUUAUGGUGACCAUCAUCGGGGCAGAAGGACUGCCAAGGGCUGAUCGUGGUGGCCAUUCCGAUCCCUACGUGCUUGUCCAGGUUCCCGGCAGAAGUCGAUCGAAGGCAAAGACGACAGCCAUGCCCUGA